AUGUCUCUCAAUGGGCUAGAUACUCCCACCGUCGUCGAAGCCUACCAGAGUGCCCUCGCCGACGCGGGCGGUUGGUUUCUACUACACUAUACCGCACGGGAUGAGGUCGCCCUCCUCGAUCGAGGCACCGGCGGGGUGCCCGAGGUGCGCAAUGCCAUCGACAACUAUAAUGAGACAUCGCCGCUCUAUGGCUUCUUGCACUAUCGCAGGAGGAAAGUCAUCCUGCGAUACAUGCCAGAGGGUCUGUCACGGCUCAUAUUAGCCCGGAGUAAUGUCCAGUUCCAAUCCGUUCUCGACAAAUUCACCCCGCACGAUACGGUCCUUCCCCUAACGCAGGCUUCCGAUUUGAACGAGAGCGCCCUCUCCUCCGCUUGCCUUCUCCACACGGCCUCGGGAUCGAUCACGUCUUCCUCGAGCUCCCUCCGGCGCCGUCGGUUGAUGGAGAUAACCGAGGAUGCGGAGGAAAAUGGCGCGAAGGAGGAGACGAAGGAUAAACCGGAAUCGCAACCGCAGCCGCAAUCGCAACCUCCUCCUACGGUAGAAACAAGGCAACGAUCUGGCAGCCAAAAGUCCGAGGCUACCAUUGUACCACCACCCUCGACUACCUCCCCCGAAGUCGAGGCAUCCUCGCCCGAUCUUCGACCUCCUCCUUCCCGAGCAAGCUCCCGUUCACCUCUCUCACGCGGUAGUCCAAGCGAAUCGCAUUCGAGUCCCAUCUCUCCAUCUUCCCCUCGAUCUCCGGAAUCUGUCACUUCGGAGUAUUCAAGAUAUAGAAAUAUCCUAGACGAGUUUCCUCGCCCGUCAGAGGAAGUUCGUAUGUCAACUCAGUCUGCGCGGCCCUCGUUGCGUGAUCUGGAGCGAGCUGCUGGAUAUACGCCCAAGGUCAAGCUUGGCCCUCGUCCUUCAGUCGACGGAAGUGGACGGCCUCGCACGUCAGGAAGCUCUCGAAACCCCGACCAACGCCCGGUUGCCGCCAUGCCAGCCGGGAUGCGCUCGUCCUCCGUGCGGAAGCCCCCAAGUAUCAACGAAGUGCCCCGUCCGCGGUCGCAAGGUAGCUCGUUUGCAACCAAACCGAGUAGUCGAGCACCUCCAAUCCCGCCCUUGCUGGUCCCUCCUCCAUCGAUUCCCAUUUCGAGACCACCACUCUCUCCAGGUGCCAAGUCCUUGGGUGCGCUGUCAACCUCGUCCGGCCUGACUCCCGAGAAAGAACGCUUGAUGAAAGCGUUGCAGCAACGGAAAAAACAAAUGGCGAAGCGGGCGGAGCAGACGAAGAAGAAGCAGGCGAUGGCUGAUUUAGAGGAAGAGGUAAAGACCACAAAGACAAAAGAGUCUGUACAGAGCGAGGAGGAAGAUAAGACCAUUAUUUCCCCGGCUCGGCAAACGGAAAGUCCCAAAAUUGAGGCUGAAACGGUACCUGAGCCUGAAACCAAACUCGAGCCAGAAAAACCACAAGAGAGUCAAACCCAUGGGAAUCUUGCAGAGCCACCCAUGUUGAUUCCCGAGCCAUCCGAAGUACCCGAGCAACCUCAAGAGAAAGCUCCAGCUGAGCCCGCGGAGGAUCAGUCUUCUGCGUCCCCGGAGGCACCAGCACCUCAAUCACUUCAGGACCAGGCAACCGUUCAGCCUGCUUCUCCUUCUGAAACUUCAAAAGCUGACCCGGAAUUGAUCACCGAUGCUCCGGUCUCUGAUUCCGAAUGCCCAUCUUCUCCUACUUCGGGUCCCAGUGCCGACACCACAUUUUCGACUGAUCGCGCCGAGACACCCCUCGAGACUAUCAAGUCCGAGAUCUCGCAGACCCCCGUUGAAAACGAGGUUCCUGAGGUUGAAACACGCGCGGAGCACGAGGGCUCCGCAAUUUCUGUCCCGAUUGAGACUAAGGACGACCUAGUCCCACCUAGCGCCAACGUCGAGGUCCCACUCACCAAGGAGACAACCCACGACUCAGACACGACGCCAGAAUCGGCAACCGCUUCUCCUGUGCAACAACCUGCUGAGGUCGCCUCGGUCCUAGACCAACAAUUAGAGGAGGCAGCCACCGAAGAGGUCCCCCAAACAGUCACCAUCCCCAUCCUCCCUCCCGUGGAGUCUCCCCCUAGCCCCGUAGUCGAGCCUCCGGUCGCGCCCGUGUUGGUCUCGAUCGAGCCUGUCCCUCAAGAAGAGACCGCACCUGAGGAGCCACCCACCUUGAGUUUUACACCCGCCGUUCCCCCCUUGGACCAAAGGCGACGCAAACACCUGGAGCCGAUCCAAGUGCCGACGCAGGAAUUUUCCGACGACGACUGUCUCCUCUCGGAUGAUUCUUUCAUGGAGGAAUUAAGAUCAGCCACCGUGCAGGAGGCCAGACCGGUUUCGGUCAAGUCUCCCAACGGCGGCGAUCCGUCUUGGAAGGGUUCCCGAGCUGUCUCCAGCCCUUACUUGACGUCCCCAUCGGCCAUGCAAGCUCUGGCAGUGGGCCGAUCCGUAUCGAGCUCAUACAUUGACAAUGGACCUACGACUCCAGUGCUCAUGGCCAAGAAGAUCAACGUUUCCUCUGGCAUCUCCAGCCGUAUCAAGGCUCUAGAGAAGUUCUCUAGCCGGGAAGGUCCUCCUUCUGGUUCGACUACGGUCGCUGGACCGUCCGCCUCUUCCUCAUUUGAGGAGUUGCGCAAGCGUGCUUCUGUCUCGUUCCCCAAUGGUACUAUUCCGGACUUUUCUCGCGCUCCCAGCGUGAAUCAUCAUGAUGCUCGCCCCGUCUCUUCGGCCAACCGCCGUACCAACUCGAUUUCUGUGACGGCUCGCAUCGUCCGUGAUACUAGUGUGUCACCGGGCUCCUCUGGCGUCGAGCCAUCAGAAUCAGAUGUGCUUAACCUCCAGGCAAGCCAGCUCACCGUGGAGCAGCAUGAGACAUCCGACGAGCCGGUGUCUAAUGGCCAGACCGUCGAGUCUACUACACCCCACGUGGAGGACCGUGCCAUGUCCAUGUCAUCUGCUGGCUCCACCCGCCAAGCCACACCAGUCUCUCGCCCUGCAAGCCGCCUGUCAUUGUCCUCACGCCCCAAGACCGAUGAGAAUCUCCAUUCCGCAUCACCCACCGACGAGAAGAAGGGCUCCCGCGCCUCUCGCCUGAUGCGCCGCAUGUCGUCGAUCACCUCGAAUUCUCGCCGCAGCAUCAUCGGGGCUCUCAGCCCACCCGUUAAGGAAGAGACUGUGGACUCUCCUUUGGGUAACUCGACUAUCUCAAAAUCCUCGUCCCGCCAGACCCUCUCCGAGCCCAUUGAGAUUGGCGAAGUCAACGUUCAGUUCCCAGAGACCCUUCUCUGGAAGCGCCGAUUCAUGCGCAUCGAUGAGGACGGUUACGUGGUUCUCACUCCCGGCACUAAUGAUGCCAGUGCUCGCAACAUGACCAAGCGCUAUCACCUGACCGAAUUCCGGACGCCUUGUCUUCCUGAUGAGGAUAUGCAGGAGCUGCCUAACAGCAUUCUGCUGGACUUCCUAGACGGUAGCACGCUUCAGUGUGCGUGUGAGUCACGACAGGGACAAUCCUGGACUCUGCAGACUCUUGUCGAUGCUCACAACGUCCAUCAGCAAUGA